GAGAAUAAAGUGAACAUACGUACAAUUGUUAAAAGGGGAAAUUAUAUUUAUUAAUUUUUAUAAAAAUAAUCAUGCGGUUCUAAUAAUUUUUAGAGUUUAGUAAAUAUUUAUUUAUUUUUUUGUGAAUGUAUUAUUAUACAUUAUACAUUAUAAAUUUUAUUUAUUUGUAUUCAGUUUUAGAAGUUAUUGGUUAAUUUUCAAUCAAUUUUGUACAUUCGUGUGUGCAAUGCAACGCUGGUUUUUCUUAGAACCAGAGGAAAAUGCAAAAAUUCGGGCAACAAUCGAGGCAGAACAACCACCAAUUAUCGAUACAACAAAUUAUGCAGAGAAGCGUGAAUGGCUUUACAAAGUACGUGUAAAUGAUCUGCGUCCAGGUGAAAUACCAUGUGUUACGGGUAAUUGUAAAGAGCUAGGUAAUUGGGAAGUGGAUAAAUGUGUACCAUUACAAGAAGUUCAUGAUCCAAAGGCUGGAACCUAUUGGUCAAAAGUUCUUUCUAUACCAAAGUAUGAAACCAUUGAAUAUAGGUAUUGUGUCGUCACAUUUAUUGCACCAUGCCCUCAUGCAGUUGUGCGAAAAUGGGAAACAAAUUUAGUUCCACGCACUAUACCAAAAUUAAUCGGUGAAUCACCAUCAGCCAAAGAUGAACCAGAAGAAUUUGGUUACUACGAUGACUCAGGACGUGUGGAUCGCGGUUGGGCAUAUCGUGAUACAAUCAUACAAUUUAAAUUAUUUAAUAAUCCAAUUACUGUUUGGCAACAAAAGUUAAUUGGUCGUACAUUAUUCGUAAAAGUUACACCAGUUGUUUUGAUGAAAAACUGCCAUGAUCAGCCUCAGUCUCCAAUCAUUCAAAAUGAUAUUGGUACCGAGGAAUCGCUAAGUAUGGAUACAGAAUUUACACAACCACCGAUACAUACAGUAACCGAAGUUGUCUCGAUGAAAUCCGAAGAGGAGAACAAUUUUCAAUUACAAGGUCAAUUUGGUGUAGCUUAUGAAAAGGAUGAUUAUUUAAUUUUCCAAAUAAGUGUGGUUCAACCACAAAAUGUAGCAUAUUUAUUCGAUUUUUAUGUGUACAGUUCACGCGCAUCCAAAGAAAGCGACCCACCAUACCAUGUUGGAUUCAGUUACGUUUUAGCUAGCUCAAUGAAAUCCGAAGGACAUAUGGUAGUUCCUAUCACUAGUGUUAAACAACGGCCAUUAGGUGAAAUGAAAUUAGAAUAUUUAGUGAUAACACCAUUAAAGGAAGUACACUGUAAUUUUAAAAUAUCAUAUGCACGCCAUUGGAAACAAUCAUGGGCUGGGCUGGAUGUGGCACAUCGUGGUCUUGGAUGUAACUUCGUUGAUACUAAAAGGUGUGCUGAAGUACGUGAAAAUACCAUUGCAUCAUUGAAGACAGCCAUAUCGCAUGGUGCCGAUUUUGUUGAAUUUGAUGUACAAUUGAGUAAAGAUCUUAUACCAAUUAUAUAUCAUGAUUUUUAUGUGAUGAUUGCGAUGAAACGGAAGAAACAUAUCGAAGAUACUGAUAUGUUGGAAUUGCCGGUUAAAGAUUUAACAUUGGAACAACUGCAUUUAUUGAAGGAUUUAUGCGAGCCUCCUUUAGUGUGUCAAACACUACAUUUUUGUGACCGUGACUCAUUUACAGGUUUGGUCUAUCACUUGGAAGAAGGAAAAGAUAAGAAUCCACGUUUCUUUGAUGAACAUCUUGAAGAACAUCAACCGUUUCCCACAUUGGAACAUGUAUUACAAGUGUUGGAUCCUCAUGUUGGAUUUAAUAUUGAAAUAAAAUGGACAAUGCAGUUACAAGAUGGCUCUUUUGAACUGAAUAAUCCAAUCGAUUUAAAUUUAUAUUUGGAUAAAAUAUUAAAAGUUGUAUUGGAACAUGGGGGUGAUCGACGCAUCAUCUUUUCGAGUUUUAACCCCGAUAUAUGUACAUUAAUACGCUUAAAACAAAAUAAAUACCCAGUAAUGUUUUUAACUCAAGGUCAAACUGUUAAAUAUCCACCGUAUGCUGAUCCACGUUGUUUAACAAUCAAAGCAGCUGUACAAUUUGCUGUUGGAAUGGGUUUAUUAGGUGUAACUGUACAUACAGAAGAUAUACUUCGCGAUGCAUCGCAAGUGAAAUUAGCAUUAGAUGCAGGUCUUGUGAUAUUUUGUUGGGGUCAUGAUAAUAAUGAUCCAUCAACAAUUAAACAUUUAAAACAAAUUGGUUUACAUGGAGUGAUUUAUGAUAAAAUUGAUGAAUUUUCUGAUAAAGAAGUAAAAGAGAGUAUAUUCUUAGUUGAAGCACGUGAAUCACAAAAGAAGCAAUUUUUAUUAAUUGCUGAUUUACAAAAUACACCAAAGAAAUUAGUUGAAGGUGAAGAAGAAGAAACAAAACCAAUUGAACCGUGCGCUACGCCUUUUAUCGAUGUAGAAAAAGCACGUCUUGUACUACCAAAUGCAUCAACUGCAACAUCAUUGGAUUCCUUACAGGAUGUACAAAAUUCAUCACAAGAAUUGGAAGCGAAAUUGUUCAGUGCUCAUCUUACUGAUAUAAAUAAUAAAUAAAGUUCGAUGAAUCAUUGAACAAUCUCAUUUAGCAUAAUUUAGCUCAAUAUAUUUAUUUUUUAUUUUGGUUCUAUUAUUUUUUUUUUUUAUUUACUAAAAAUUCAGUAUUUGCAUAUUUACAUAUAAAUUAUUUAGAUUUUCAUUGUCUAUAACUCUGUUCAACGAAAAAGCUAUCUCACAUUUUUUGAACUUUCUUUCGGCAAAUUAUUUUAUACCAAAUAGCUUUAUAGCUCUAAAGUCUAUACAAAUGCAAUUAUUUAUAACCCAAAAAUUUUAAUUGUUGAGGUAAUUCUCUUGAUGAACAGAGUAUAUAUUUAGUAUGUAAUUAAUAACGUGGGAACGCUGUGAUAAUAAAAAUUCACAUAAACUACGAAUUCACUUUAGAAGCCUUUUUGUUUUAAUUCAGAGUAGCAAUUCUUGUUAAAUUUUCAUUCAGAGUAGUCAUUCUUGUUAAAUUUCCGUUUAUCAGUGCAAUUUUUGAAUGCACUGAAUAAGAUGUUAUAAUACAUUUUAAUAUUAUAUAAACGACAGAACUUAUAAUAUGUAUUUAUAAAAUUAUAUGAUAUUUAAUUCCGCUAAACAAAAGUUAUCAGAAUGUCAACAUUAAUAUAUUAAAAAUUCAAUAAAACAAAUUGCUUAUUUUCUUAACUAUA